AAACUGAAUUAAAAUUUUAUUCCAAUUUAACUUGGAAUCGAAAUGAACUACUAUAUCAUAUGAUUCGCCUCCGUCUGACUCUGUUACUUUCUCAAUCGAUUCUCUUCCGAACAUUUCUAUCAAUCCUCGCGAUUUAGCUUCUCCGGGAGACGCACAGAUUGUUGCCCUGCAAGCUUGUUUACUUAGAUACAUAAGAUGCCAAGGGCAAAGGGAAAUUCUUCAGCAGCGGCUGAACCAGCUGAACCUGAUAACUCAAUUGAGUCUGAUGAGAAGGUUGAUCUAGAUGGAGAAGAUGAUCUGGAGGAGGCGAUGGAUGAAGAAGUGGAGUAUGAAGAAGUAGAGGAGGUGGAAGAAAUAGAAGAGGAGGAAGUGGUGGAGGUGGAAGAAGAGGAGGAGAGCACUGAUAAUGGUGAUGGAUCUAAUACCCAAAAAAGCAUCACAGGUAAUAUCACAGAGCUUGAAGAUGAGCAUGAGAGGAAAAAACAUGCUGAGCUCCUUGCCCGUCCUCCUCAUGGUUCUGAAGUAUACAUCGGUGGGAUUCCUCAUGAUGCUUCUGAUGAGGAUUUGAGGGGGUUUUGUGAGUCUGUUGGAGAAGUCACAGAGGUUCGAAUGAUGAAAGGCAAAGAUUCGAAUGAGAACAAGGGCUUCGCAUUUGUGACUUAUAGAAAUGUUGAUUUGGCCUCUAAAGCCAUUGAUAAGCUGAAUAAUACUGAAUUCAAGGGUAAAAGAAUUAAAUGUUCAACAUCUCAAUCAAAGCAUCGGCUAUUCCUUGGUAAUGUUCCUAGAAACUGGGAACAGGAAGAUUUGAGAAAGGUUGUGAUGGAGGUUGGGCCUGGAGUUACUGCUGUGGAAUUGGUUAAGGAUAUGAAGACAAGUAAUAACAGGGGCUUUGCUUUCAUUGACUACUAUAAUAAUGCAUGUGCUGAUUAUUCAAGGCAGAAGAUGAUGAACCCAAAAUUUAGACUGGGCAAUAAUGCUCCUACUGUAAGCUGGGCUGAUCCGAGAAAUGCUGAUUCUUCUGCUUCUUCACAGGUUAAGGCAAUAUAUGUAAAGAAUUUACCAAAGAAUACAACCCAAGCUCAGUUGAAGAAGCUAUUUGAACACCAUGGAGAAAUUACAAAAGUGGUUUUGCCACCCACAAAGUCCGGACAGGAGAAGAAUAGAAUUGGAUUUGUGCAUUUUACAGAGAGGUCUAGUGCUAUGGAAGUAUUGAAGAAUACUGAAAAAUACGAACUAGAUGGCCAAGUUUUGGAAUGUUCUCUUGCAAAACCUCAGACAGAUCAGAAGUCUGUUGGAGCAUCAAAUUUACAGAAGUCACGUUUGCUUCCAAGUUACCCUGCUGGUGUUGGAUAUGGUUUGCUAGGAAAUAACUUUGGUGUUCUUGGAUCAGGAUAUGGUUCUGCUGGCUUUGCACAGCCAUUGAUCUAUGGAAGGGGACCAACACCUGCAGGAAUGGCAAUGAUGCCAAUGCUUCUACCUGAUGGUCGGAUUGGAUAUGUCCUGCAGCAACCUGGAGCACAACCACACACACCACCUCCACAUCAGAGAAAUAAUAGCAGGAAUGGCAGUGGAGGUACAAACAGAAUUGGGGGCAAUUCUGGCAGGGCUAGAAAAGGCAACGAUAGUAGCAAUGGGCAUAGGCAUCGCCCCUAUUAAUUUCUUAUAUUAUAAGCUUAUGGUUAUGGUUGUAGAGAGAAGUAUCUGCACUCCCUUCUAGUCAUGUUCUUGUUCUGAUUACGAUAGGAACAGUACAGUUGAAUGACAUUGAAAUUUUAAGUUUGCUUGUAAUUACAUAUGAUAUUGGAUUUUCAGUUUGAUC